AAAACAAAACUAUAAACAAUACCAACAAAAAUGUCUUCUCCAUAUCCUUAUGAUUAUUUUCGUUCAUGGAUGGAUAAACCGAGAUACAAUCCUGAGACAGGCAAACUUACAGAAGAGUUCAAAGAAGGUCUUAGGCAAUUCAUGUUAUUCGCAUCAAACCAGGACAUAACGCUACAAACAGGUAUUAUGUUAUGUCCUUGUCCAAAUUGUCGGAAUUAUAGAAAUCUCGAGGUAGCUUUAGUAAAGAAGCACUUGUUUAAGAAUGGAUUUAUGCCGGGUUAUAAGAUAUGGUAUUCGCAUGGAGAGAGUGAGUCAAUGCUAGAUUAUGGUAGUACUAGUCAACAUUAUCUUCCGGAUAGUGUAGAGGAACCAUCAACGGAAGUAGACGUAGGUACAUUUCAGAUGGUGAAUGAUGCGUUUAGGGAAAAUGCACCGUCUUUCGCUCAGGAUGAAGAUAGAGUAGAGGAACCGAAUAUAGAAGCUAGGAGAUUUUUUGAUAUGUUAGAUGCAGCUAAUAUGUCUUUGUACGAUGGUUGUAAGAAGGGUCAUUCACCAUUAUCAGCUGCAACUAGGUUGAUGGGCAUAAAGACGGAUUGGAAUUUGGCUGAGGGUUGUGUGGAUGCGAUUACUGAUUUUGUGAAAGAAAUUUUGCCCGAAGAUAAUCUUUCACCAGCUUCGUACUAUGAGGUGCAGAAACUUGUAGCUGGGCUUGGCUUGCCAUAUCAAGUGAUAGACGUGUGCAGUGAUAAUUGUAUGAUUUAUUGGAGAGAAGACGAAGGUCGCACUUCAUGUCGUUUCUGUCGUAAACCUCGGUAUCAGGACACUAGUGGAAGAGUUCCCAUACCAUAUAAACGGAUGUGGAUUUACUUGGGUCAAGUACGCUUUGAAUAUCCUAACAUGAGUGAGGAUGACAUUCAAAAACUCAAGCAGACUGAGUUUUGUCAUUGGUUGAAAUUCUACGUUACAACUAUGUCUUCUAGAGGUCAAUCAAUUCCUACAUGGUUAGUGGAGUUCGUUAAUGGGCCGUUAUAUGUUGCGGAAGCGUAUCCCAUGUAUUGUACUCGUGGUUACGCUUUUAAAAUUCUUCGACCCAAGAAGAUUAGGCCGACUUGGCUACAAGUGAUGGAAGAAACCCACACUAGCAAGAAAACCGGACAGAUUCAAGACCUUAUUAACGAAGAGCGGAUCGAGAGGAUUAAGUUGCGAAAGGUGGAUCGGCAGACGCAACUAUCCCAAGAUGGCUCAACGUCUUCAACCGAUAUACCCCGCGAGGAAAUCAACCGAUUGUGUAUCGAGGAGAUUCCCUUAAUCAAGGGCCGCCGACCCGGUUUAGGAAGCCUUGUGUCCAAGGACGGGAGUGUCUCUUCGGUAUUUCCUCGUGACAACAAACUUGUUCAACAAGUUGAAGAUCUUAACCGUGUCAUUAAAGAAAAAGAUGCGGUGGUCGAAGAAUUGAAGCAACAAAAUGUCGAGAUUAAGGAACAGUUCGCCGUGACCCAAGUGACACUCACCAAUCUUCAAACGUUCUUGGCGUCUCAAUUUCCCGGACAGUUCCCUCCACCAUGAUUUGUUCUUUUCUUUUUUUGAACAUUUUUUUUUUGUCAACUAACAUUUUCUGUUUAUGUAAAAUAUUGGUGGUUUAUUUUGGAUAAUUUAGUAAUUUUGGAAUUGUUUUUUUUUUAAGAUUAUUAUCUAAAUUUAAUUACAGAAUUAAUAAUUGGAGUAACUAAAA